AUGCCUGAUAACCUGGAAUUCCUGCUUGAAGAGGAUUUAUCAUCCAUUAAUCUCUGUGCACUUCACUGUGAACUGAGAAAUACGGAACAGUUGUUGGCAUCAUUGAGUUUGUUUGCUUACAAAGUGGGUUCACUGCAUGGAUGUAACGCUCAAUUGGCCAAUUAUGGCCCUGACAAUUUUAACAGCAGAAUUACAGUAAAAAUGAAGGAGGGUCAAAAAACUGCUGUUGAAAAGCACAACAUUCAGACGUCUUCAUUUCUGUUGAGUUUGUAUACGUUUUGGCAUCUACUAUUUGUCGUAGUUCCAUAUCCUAGCAUCCAACAUACAUCGCAAGCUCCAUCUGUUCGACCAGCAUCUCAAACUAUUAUACACCGAAUUCAUGAUGGCGGACGGUUUGGGUAAGCCUCGGUACGAGUACAUGAAAACGAGGCGGGUGAGGAUAGGAUUGUAAUUCCAAUAUGGCGGCACCUCAAGCAAACACGUUUACAGCUCCACUUCUACUAACGGAAAAUGAUAUUCCUGGAGCUAGUCUUGAGGGAAGGAAACCAGCAGAGUUGAAAAAAGCUGAUCUAUUGUUUUGGCUACGAUGUAGGGGUGAUUCGUGUAGAGGCCUGAACGUAAAAGCAUAGCUCGUAAAGCGGUAUGUUUCUAUCGAAUAAUUCUCCAACGUACGCCUAUUGUAAACAUUGAAUGUUCUGUUAUUUCCCGCUCGAAUGCAGAUUCUAAGAACCAAAAUUUCAUUUGCUCUGGAAAAACAUAUCAUCAUAUAUUAAUAUUAGCAAAUUAAACUGAAAUUAUUUGAAUGCUGUGUUUUGUUGUAUCUUAUCUUAUAGAGUUGAGGAGUAUAUUGCAAGUGGCAGAGACCAACUUAUAGUUGACCCUGAUCCAAAUAAGAUUUAUACGAAACAAAAAGCCAGGGAAUGCUCUAUUUCGCUUCCCAAUUCUUCAUCCCAGAAUAAGGCUAGUGCCGGAGUAAAAUACCCAUCUACUGGUUGGUGGAAAGCUCUAGAGAAGCUGCCAUUGUUUACAGAAGCUGAAAUGAAAAAGCAUAUAGAAAAUUCAGGUAAAAAGAUGGGAAGUGUGGAACACCAUUCUGUUCCCACAAGUUUGAAACCUGCCAGGACCUUUCUUCAAGAUGAAUAUUUAAAGGAUAUUGAGGCAAAUGAUGAUGAACAUUAUUUCUAUUUUAAAUGCAAGUGCUAUCACAGCUAUAAGAAACACGAUGCUCCUCAUACUAUUCAGGUUGCCCUUUGCAUUAUAUCUGGACAAGUGAUGGAUGCGACUUGCACAUGUGCUGCUGGGAAAGUUGGUUAUUGUAACCACACACUUGCUCUCAUGUUGAAAAUUUGCAAAUACUCAUUGUUCGAGAGCAAAACAACUGAAGACUUAAGGGAUGAAUUAGAUGAAAAUCCAACUUUGGCAUGUACCUCAAAGUUACAAAGUUGGCAUAAAAAAGGUCGAGGUGAUUCAAUUCAUCUGCAACCAUUGAUGGAUUUAGUUGUCUCUAAAAUUAAGCCCGACGAUGAGAAGUCUGACAAGGCUGUUGCCUGUCAACUCUAUGAGGCCCGCAAAAUAACAAAGCAUGAUAUUUUAGAGGAAGAGAGUUUUAAAAAAGCCAUUGCAGCAAUCAAUCCUAAAAUGGGUAUUGCUACCCUUGCUUCAAAUACACCCAGUGAAAUGGUGCAGACCAAAUAUGGAAACAGCCCCGCUGGGUCUACAAACAGUUAUCAGUUAUCUUAUUCUGAGGCCAACUUUCCUGUGUAUACUGAUGUAAGUACUGUUGCAAGAAGUCCUGAUUCAAAUGCCAAUAUAGCUAUCCAAGAUUCCCCCUUAAAGACGAUGAACCUAGCUCUUAUCCAGACACUCUCACUGAAGAGGAGAGAAUGUUUCUAUCUUCACUUGAGGUUGAUGAAGAUGAACUUAACAAAAUGGAAGUAGAAACAAGAGAGUAGGUAGGCAGUGAGAGAUGGAGGGAAGAGAGAAAAUUUAGGUUCACAGCCUCAAGGUUCCAUCUGAUUUCUAGAAGGCAAAGAAAUCAUGACUCUUUUUGUAAAGAACUUAUGCACCCCAAGGUGUUUACAAGUAGACACACUGAACAUGGAAGAAAGUAUGAGGCAACUGCCAUUCAUGAAUACCAAAAAUUCAUGAAUGCAAGAAAAACACCAGUGGUGGUGCUCAAGUGUGGACUUGAAAUUUCAAGUGAAAUGCCAGUCUUUGCAGCUACCCCUGAUGGGAAAGUCAUUGACUUUGGCUGCAGUCAGCCUUUUGGAAUUUUGGAAGUCAAAUGCCCAUCAAGCAAAGCUGCCGUCACCCCACUAGAUGACUGUGCCGAUCCCAAAUUUUUCUGUCGACGAGUAGGUGACCAGUGUCGUUUAAAAACUGAUCAUGAGUACUAUGCUCAAGUACAAGGCCAAUUGGCUAUAACUGGUGCUGCUUGGUGUGACUUUGUUGUCUAUACAUUCAAAGGGAUGUCAAUCCAAAGAAUAACAUUUGACCAAGAAUUCUGGGAUAAUAUUAGUCAGAAACUCAAGGCAUAUUAUUUCCAGCAUUUUCUCACUUUUGCUGUCUCAGAAUACAAGGGCCAGCAUAAUGAAGCAAGGCCUACAAGAUUAUAAUCCCUAAAAGGUGGACUGGUCACCUCUCUUUCAAUUGUCAAUAAUGUAUGCUUUUUUAUAGCAACGCCCCUGCUUUGUUCUAACACAACAUUACAUGUAUGCAACAAAAGUUUACUUUCAGGUAAUUAAGGGUAGUUUCAUGCAUUGCUCUAUGAUAUAAUAGGAUCUUGAACAUUACACAGAUGUGCACAAACAGUCCACAUCUGGUUUACAAUACCAAAUAGACUGAGAGGGACUACACCAUCCCAGAUGUGAAAAUUCUUAAUUUUGUUGAUUGCCCUCUCAACAUGAAUUCUGAGAGAUGCAAUUUCUUGUGUUUUUACAACAUCCUCAGCAGGCAUCUGAGCUGAACUGCCUAAAAAUGGGGGGAUGUUAAGGGACACACCAACUGGUAGAAGAUCCUGAAUAGUGAAUCCUUUGUCAGCCAUAACAGAAUCAUUAGCUUCAAAAGAGAGGUCCAGAAAUCCACUUCUCUCAGUUAUUUCCCUAUCAGAUAUGCUGCCUGUGUAGAGUUGACUUAUAAAGGAGAUAUGACCAGCAGGAGAAAUAGCAAUCAAUCCUUUAAGAGUUGUGUGGUUCUUGUAAGAGCUAAAUAGCUCACUGUUCAGGAGUAAACUACUUGGCAUCUGACACUUGAUUUCAGUGCAAUCUAUUAUAGCCCUAGUAUUUGGAUACUUGCCUUUGAAGUCUUGAGGCAUGUUAUCAUUCACCACUUUUCGGGAUGGCCAUAUGUUCAACUGCCCAAACCUUAAAUACAUGAAAUUUACCCAGGAAAUUACAAUUCGGCUAACUGUGGAUUGAGAUAUAUCGAAUAAAUGCCCCAGAUGGCGUUCUGGAAAUCCCUGUCUUAAUCUACACAUUACCAGGAAGAACUCCUCUUUAGCAUUUACAGUUCUAGGCCUCCCUGGUCCAACGCCAAGUUCAGGUUCUCUUUCAUAAUAUUCCGGGUCAACAUCGUUGGAAACAGAGCGCCAAAAACGAAUGUUUUCUCCAUUUUGCCCCGGAUUUAAGUAAUUGUACGUAGCCAUAAAAACGUCAUACGAUGGGAAGCCAGUAUAAAAUGUAAUAUCUUCAUCAAAGGUGAAAUUAUCUACUGUAAAAAUCCUCUUCCCUGUAAUCGUGAAAUGUUUACCUGUAUCUCUUCGAAUCGCGUGCAGCCAUUGCGCCCUCAAGCUUGUAUCGGUCGGAAUGCUAAAAAAUCCAACUUUCUCGCCGUUUGGACCGGUGGUUCCUUUUUGAUUACAAAGUGGCACACAGCAAUACCGAUUAUGUGGUGAUUUAUUUUCAUUCAUGGUAAAAAAAGGUACUUUGUACAACCACGCUUUAAAUUACACAACACGCUCUUCUGUAUUUUUUUCUGCUCGAAUCCUCACCCGCCUCGUUUUCAUGUACUCGUACCGAGGCUUACCUGAGCCAUCUGCCAUUAUGAAUUCGGUGUAUACCGCCCGUGUCAAAUCCUAGUGUCCAGCAUACAUCACAAACAUGA